GGGAGCGGCGCGAGGAAGAAAAUGGCCGACGAGGCUACGGUAAAAGGGCAGGGACGUCGUGCGAGGUGCGCGCAGCGCGACACGAGUCUGCCAGUUUCGCGAUAGACCGCGCGAAAAAGGGCCGUCGAACCUUCGCCGGGGAGGGCCCCAGGACGUCGCUCGUCGCGGUCGCGCGGAGAAAGGUGGACACCGUGCGGACAAGGAUUUUUGGGAUCCUCUGCGCCUCAUCGUGUCCCGUCUGCCGUCGUCACCUGUCGUCGAUCGGUGUUUCUCGACUCGGCGUUUUAAAAAAGCGCUCGCGGGGCCGAGUUUAGCCGACCGGGACGGACUCGCCGAGAGAUAAAUCCAGCUCGCGAGCUCCGUAUCGCAAUUAUUAAAAUCCACAAUGGCAGUUAGGUAGUUGUGGAAAUUAACAUUGAACAUUCGUGAACUUCGAGUAUAUUUAUUUAUUUUGAAGAUGUAAAGAAAACAAUCACAAUGAAGCCACAGAAGAAGGCUGUUGUUGCCAGAAAGGCAACUAAAAUGCCAACAGUCGCCAAGAAACGUCGCACAUUUAUAGAGAAGACUAUGCCCGAUGUGAGGAAGGAGAAGAAAUUAAAGAAAAAUGACAAAAUGGGAGAUUCGAAGAAGAAGGUGGACAACGAUAAGAAGAAAUUGGACAAAGUGGAAGACAGAAAAAAAUUUGAUGACAAAAAGAAGGCGGAGGAAAAACGAAAAGAAAGAUCUGAUAAACUAGAUGAAAAGAAGAAACAAUUAAGCAAAGAUAACGAAAAGAAAUCUGACAAAAUUGAUGAAAAGAAGACCGAAAAAGGAGACGAUAAAACAAACGAAGAGAUAAAUCAAGAGAAUAUGGAUAAGAAGAAAUUACUAAAAUGCGAAGAAAAGACGAAAUUGGAGAAGCAAUUUGUUGAUAACAAAAAGAAGAUCGAAAAAGCGGAGGAAAAAAAGAAGAACAUAAAGUUUGAUGAUGCAGAUAUGGAAGAUAAUAUAAAAUCUUUAAAUACAUUGGAAAAUAAGGAUGCAUUUGAAGAUAAAAUUGAUACUCUCUCUUCACUUACUAAAAAACGAAGCAAAGAUGAAAAGAAGAAAGAUGUCAAGCCGAUUAAAUCUGAUGUCAAGACAAUAUCAAAAAGUUCUACCGUGAAAGAUAAAAAAUCUGAACGAAAGAAAAUUUCCGAAAAGGAUGCAGCAAGCAAUAAAAUUUCUCCUGCGAAAACAAAGAAAGAUUCGAAAACGAAAGGCCAGAAGAAAAAUAUUACAAGAAAAACAGUUUUGACAAAGAAGCCUCAUUUAUCGGUAGUUAAAAGAUUGGUGGAUAAAAAAAUCAAAUAGUCAAACCAAUUAAAAGCGAAGAACUAAGUGAAGAUGAGGAUACAGUUAAAAAGACAAAAAAGAAAAAUAGUAACAUUUCCAAGAACAAAAUUUUACAAGAAAAGAAACCGAAAUUGGCGAAACACAUGAAAGCCAAAUUGCCUCAGAAACAUUCAAAAAUCAGUGCUGUUUUAAAAAGGGAAGAUAAAUUGAAGGCUAUAACGGAGAAAAUUCUGGCAAGAAAGAAAAUUGAAUUGAAAGAAUCUGAGGAACUUGAACAUAAAAAGAUUGCAAAAGAUGAGGCUUGUCAAGGACCAGAAGUGAGUAGCAUUAAAAGUGAAAUCGAAGAGGAUUCGGAUAAAAAGAAAGAAGAGAAUUUUCAACCAAAAUUACAAGAUAAUAAGAAAGCUAUCAAAAGUGGUAACAAAAUUAGCGGCAAGGCUCCAAAAAAGGCAGGGAAAACAGUAAGGGUACAAACGGAGAGCAAUAAUCAAACAUCAGCUUCAUCUGAAGAUGCAUCUUCCGAGGAAUCUAACAAACAGACUAAAGUUUCCGAAGACGGCGCGAAGUCUGCGAAACAAGAACAAAUCGGCGCUGAGGUUGAAUUAAAUCUAAAGGUCGAAGCGAUGAAUGGAGAGAGUGCCAGUGGCGUUACAUCUCAAUCCGACUCGGACGACGAUUUUGAAGACGACUACAAGAAGAGUAAGCAAAAGGACACGAAGAAUAAAGAUCGAGCUAACUCACCGUCGGACGAACGUGCGCGAGGAAUGCGACUUUUUGGCUUUUGGAGUAAACCAAAACCACCCAGGGUCGCGUCAUUGAAUGCCUUGGCUAAAGUUCACUGCCUCUACGAAAAUGAGACCGGCGGAGUCUAUCUUGGAGGUUUUUGCAAGUCGAAACCCGAGAGGGAAAAGGAAAAGCCGAAGAAAAUGAAGGAGGAGAAGGAGGAGCAUCCGCGCAAGGAGAAGGAGAAGAAAGUCGAAUGCAAAACGGAGGACAAUGUUUUGAAAAGAAAAUUGAGGAAUGUACCAGGAUUACGUGGCAAGCACUGGGAUAUGAUGGAGAGCUCGUCAUCUUCGUCUUCCUCCGAUGAAGACUGCGAGAAGGAAAAGAAUGCUGAACCGAGCAAGAAGAAAAUGACCAAGAGGAGAAAGAAAAACGAGGAAGUAAUGGAUCUAAAGGACAUGGUUGUUUGCAAGAGGAUGGCCAGUCUUAAUGCCACUGCCAUUUUGGCUGCUUCCUACUCCGACGAGAAAAAUCUUUGCGGUAGCAGUAGCAGCAGCAGUGAUACCUCCAGUGAGUCGGAAGUAGAGAUAAUUAAAAGACGUAGACAAAAUGACCUGGACGAUAAGAAGAAAUCCAGACAAGGCUCCGAUCCGGAGGAGGUUAUUAAACCAUCCAAGAAAGUUGUCAUCGUUAAUCAGGACACGGACGUCACUAUCACUGGUGUUUACGUCAAUCAAACUCGAUCCACCCAUCACGAAGGUUUUUGCAGUAUUGCCGGUAUGCAGUACAGAAUCAGUUCUACCAGUCAUACUCAAACUGCAGCUACCGCAGUGGCUACUGAGCUUCAUGAUCAGCAAAAGACGGAACAGCCUUGCAAAUCCUACACACCACUGGGUGCAUUAUCUUCCAUGCAGCCACCAGGUAGCCAGGGUAAUCAUCCUAACAUGUCACCUCGCAGGCAUUCAGCAUUCUCAGCUCCUCAACACGGGUAUUAUCAGCCGGCUGGUCCACUGAUACAGCACCCACCGCCACCACCACCGACCUUACCACCCGUUAAGGGUCCACCUCCGGAACCUACGCCUACGCCUCCGCAAAAUUCAGAGGGCUCGGAUGAUCUGGUCGCCACAUCCACGACUUCUGGAGGCACAAGCAGUACAGGUGGCUUUUAUAGGACGUAUUGCCCCCCGCAGUACUACGGCACGCCGCAAUAUCCGGAUCUGUGUUAUCCGCCGACGUAUUCUCAUCCUCACGCUCAUCCGCCGCAUUACUACAAAUACCCGCCCACCUACAGAAGACAGUACUAUGGCUACCAAGAGUCAGGCGGAGGAGGUGGACCGCCACCGGGCAGCGGUGCCGCCGGCGGUGGCCCCGGAGUCGUUGAUUAUCAACCACCUCCACCACCGCCCGGCGAAUAUCCGCUGCCACCCUAUUACGGGGGCUAUCCUCCGCCCCCGCAUCCGCCACCGCCACCUCCGAAUCCGGCAUAUCUGCAUUCUCAGGGAAGACCUUUCGUAGACCCUUUCCAGGGUUGCCCAUGCCCGAUGCAAUCAUGUCCAAAAAACGUGGAUACUGGGGCCCUUAUUGGUAAUGGUAAGGGAGCGCCAGUGGUAUCGGGGACCGGUCUGUCAUUGCCACCCACUUUGGUAGGUCCACCCUCGCCGGCGAGGGGUCUAGCAGGGCUAGCACCCCCUCACGGUGCCAACGCCUGGGAUACAGAUCGGGUCCAAAUCAACACUCAUCGCAACCUCAAUCAGAACCAACCCCCUUCGGUCCCGCCGUCCCAUAAUCUGGUCGGCGGACAUAGUCGCCUUCAGAAUCAAGACUGUAGGAGUAAGGAUGAGAAAAAUUGUACAGAAGACACGCUGAGGAAGUGUGGUUGUCAGAACGCGUGCACGUCUACCUGCGAAGUCAAGAUGGAAACGCUGUCGCCCACCGAGAAGCUGUCGGUGGCGGCGAACUGUCCCAGCAACAAAUACCACCACAAUUUUAAGCUGGAGAACAACAAUGUAAAAUGCGAAUCCUGCAGCAUGGAGAUCGCCGAUGGGUUGCCAUGCGUCGCCAAUUGCAACGUCGUGAAAUGCGAGUCGGAUUACAAGUGCGGCAUCAUGAAGUGCGAGCAGUGCAUGAAGGAGGAUCAGAUAGCGAUACAAGAGAUGGACAAGGACUCCGGCAUCGUGUUAGACGACAAGCUCGACGGCGAUCCCAACGUGAAGGAGGAGCUGGACGUGGUGGUGAUUGACGGCGACGAGAAUUGGAAGAAGCCCGAUUACGAACCGACCGUGCAAGAGACCGUUGACGAUAAGGACGAGGAAGAAGAGGAAGAGGAAGAGGAAGAAGAGGAGGAAGUCACGCAGGGACCGGUCGUGGCCGCGAUCGAGGCCGAGCAGCUCAAGUGCCAAAAGGUGACGAAGAGGAAGCUCUCCCUCGACAGCUUAUCCGACAGCAGGAAAAAGAGGAAACUGAGCAAGAGAGCUCUGUCGGUCGGCUCGUCUCAGGAUUCGACGACAAUCACCAACGAACAGUCAUCCAAUGUCAUCGCGCCGAUCAUCGAGCCGUUGUCGAGUAAAACCGACAGCGUCAAAGCCGAGACGAGCGUUUUGAAAAAGAAGCAAGCGAAAAAAGACGCGGGGCCUCGGGGUCAAAAGCGCAAGGCGGAGGCACCGAGCGCGAACGAGAGCGCGACUAAGAAGGCGAAGAGUGGGAAACAGAGUGUCAUGAAUUGCUUGAAGCGAACUGCCAGUGAUAUCUCGAUAAUGGAGACUAUCGACGAUGUGAUACAACAGAGUCUGCAGAUGACGCAGAGAAAGGAUCGGAAGAAUAAGAAUAACUGCGAACGCGUGGAGAAGAAGAAGAAGAACGUCAAAGAGGAAUCGUUAUUGACGGUGAAGAGGAUCGUGAAGAAGAUCGAUCAGGUGAAGGAGCAGCUUAUCGAAAAAGUAACGAAGGCGGUCUCGAAGAGCGGUAAUCAAGCCAAAAGUAAAGCGGACGCAAAAUCAAAAUCCAAAGCUUCGCAGGACGCUAAGGUUAAAGGGAAGAGCAAGGCUAAAAUCAUCGCGGAAUCGAAAAUCCAGGAUGUGAAAUCCAGGGCGACGCAAGAGAAAGCGAGAGAUAGCUUGAAGAAGCGCGACACCGCGUCUAAGACCAAAGCGAGCGACGUCAGCGAAGAUCCGAAGAAGCCUGCGAUAAUUAAGAAGAAACGGAAGAGCGCGAAAAAGACAGCGAACGCCAAAAAGUCGGGUUGCAAGCCGGAGAAUUCUUUGAUCGGAAACGAGAACCUGACGUUAACGAGAAAAACGUUCCUGAAACCGAAGUGGAACAACGGGUGGAGCUGGCAAGGGGAGCCCUUUGAAGCCAAAGUUUAUUUAACGAACGAAGAAACGGCCAUACGGCGAUGUUACGUGAGUAUGAGUCAUGAGAGCGGCGACGUAUUGCGACCUCGAGACUGUGUUUUGCUGAAGAGUGGUACGCGGAAGGGCGAUUUGCCGUAUGUAGCGAAGAUCGCCGCGCUCUGGGAGAAUCCGGACGACGGUGAGAUGAUGUUCUCGUUAUUGUGGUACUACAGACCCGAGCACACAGAGCAGGGUCGAACGCCGCACGAUAGCGAGGACGAGGUAUUUGCUUCGCGUCAUCGGGAUGCAAACAGCGUCGCUUGCAUAGAAGACAAAUGUUACAUCUUGACGUUCAACGAGUAUUGUCGGUAUCGUAAAAACUUACGGAGGAUCGAGGAGGGCUUAGAGAAUCCUGGCUUGAUAGUUCCGCCAGGGGACCAAGCGUAUCCACGGGAGAAUCGGCAGCCGCCUAUACCAGUACCAUCGGACAUGGUGCUUUUCUGCCGACGUGUUUACGACUAUCGUGGGAAGAAGCUCGUGAAGAAUCCCGGAUGACUCGAAUUCUUAUAAGAUGCAAACCGAGGAAGCUUAGGUCACACAACUGAAACUGGCCGCAGGUCUCCUUUCAAGCAUAAUUGCGUCGCUGUUGAUCGAUUUAUCUUGAUUUCGAUGAGGUAAUAUAUGCGAUAACGGGAUCCGAUUCUUUUUGAUCGCGAUAUCUAGAUACCGCGAGCAGCUUCUACUCUUUGCACUUUUUGCUACUUGCGUUAUAUAUCUAUUUGCUAGCUAGGAGAAUAGCCUUUUGCGUGGAGAGGUUGUUUUCGAUUCCAAAAAUUGUGAGAAAGUGAAAAAAGUAGAUGCGCGCGAGUGUUUCAAGAACGAUCGGAUUUCUUUCCAGUUGUAAACGUGAGAAAAUUCUGAAAAUUAUGUCAAUAGAAAGACGAUGUAACAAAAAGAACGACAAUUACUUUUAUCGCCGCUUGUAUUAAUUCGUCUUUCUAUCCUGCUCGUCUGCGAUACCACAGAAAUCAUGAUGAAUCGUUCAUUAAUUCUGGUGAUAGACGUUGCGUCGAAUUCGUGUCGGCGGAUCGAACACGAGGAAACGCGCCGAGCGCACUCUUUCGUUUAAGCCGAAACGUGAUAUAUAGAUCAAUUACGAGUUCCGGAAGAAUAUUUUUUUUUCCAAGAGUGGCAUUAUCUGCAAUGUUCCUCUCGCAGACGACUGCGAAACCUUCGAUCGCGAUCGCGCCUGCGUUAUAUCCGCUGCCCGCCGACACGAAUGCCGAGCCGCAACGUGUCUCGAUAAUGUGUAUAAGCUGUUUCUAGGCGAAAGUUAGUGGGAUUUGACAAUUUUAUAGAGAGAAUCAUAUUUUUUGUGAGAUAGCAUUUUACACAACACUUAAAUGGAUAUUUUUCACAUAGGAGGUACAAAUGCUGUGCGCUACGCCGUCACGUCAGCGUGCGUCACGGCGCCUUAACUUGAAGGGAACCUACGAACAGUUUCAAAGAUAAGGAAUCAAAAGCAGGGACGAAAUUGCGAAAUUAUUUAGCACGAACAGCGGGGAUAUAUAUAUAUGUAUGUGUAAAUUCUCUAAUCGAAUUCUCGAUUGAGUGUUUAUGAGCGGUAAAGGUCGAGGGAGGAGAUGGGAGAACAUCAAGUGCGUGCGACAUUACACUUCCAUUUUUCCAAAGUGUGUUUGCAUCUGUCUCGGGGAUGCGACUUCUCCCCGAAACCCGAUUUUGCGCACAUAUGCCAUCUUCGUGAACGUAAUCAUUGUAAUGGAUAAGAUGCAUUUUUACGAACAGUGCCGAAGACAUAAUAUUUUUUCAAGAUUAGAAAUGGCUCGAUCCGAUCCAAAGAAUUAGAUUAUAUUUGCGCGCGGGUGAUGGGUCGCCAUUUAAAAUAAUAUCUUUAAAUAUCUUGUUUUAGAACUUUGUCUCCAAGCAUGUUGAGAAAUCUACUAAUGAUGUAGGAACGCGUUACGCUGAAUCUUAUAUUCCACUUUCGAGAGAGCAAAAAUUAUUGAUAUGGAAAAAAAUAUUUUUGAUGUAUUUAGUAACUUGAACGAUCGAGAAUCUAAACGUUUGUUAAGAGAAAAAUCUCGCGGUUUGAGCCAUUUCUAAGUAUACGUUGCGUCUGUUCUUAUCAAGGAGAUCCUUGUUUGCUCGUUUUUUAAAUAAUGCGAUGACUCCUUCCAAGAAUUCUGAAGACAGACAUUUAAUCGCCAGGGGCGUUUUUAGUUAUUUUAGAUUUGUCACGCACCGCGAGUCGCUUCUACGUGCAGUUUUGAUCUAUUUUUUUUUUUUUUUACGAUUACUUUGUCUAUUUUGAUUCAUAAUGAUGGUUUUUAAGAUUCCAUAAUGAGAAGGAUCUAGUUGUAUAUUAUCGCCUAUAACUUAGGUAUAUGUAAUCUUGAUUUAUAAAGAAUCCACAUUAGCGAUUAGUCACUACUUGAGGUAGAGAGAAAGAGAGAAGAGAAAGAAAAAAAGAGAAAGAAAGACAGAGAGAGAGAAAGAAAGAAAGAAUGCCAAAAAACAAAACAUAUUCAGAAGACGUUUUUUGUAUACAGAUUAUUAUCGCGACGUAGCAAAAUUUAUUACAAGAUGAUCGAGUCAGUAAUUAUUUCUAAUGCAAACUUUUUGAAUCGUGUUGAUUUUAUUUGUUGAGCAGAAGGCGAUUUGUUGAAAUCAUAUUAUUUAAAAUUAAUAUAUUGAUAACAUUAUUAUUUAAUAUCUAAUAUAUUGGAUAUGUGUAGGUAUUAAGUUAUUUUUUGCGAGAGAGAAUAAUAAGGAAUUUACAAGUAGAAGAAAACGAGCGCGUGUUUAUGUAUGUGUGCGUGCGAAGAAGAAAAAAAGUGAGUUAAGAAAGGAUAAGAGAGACGCGAGCUCUGUCAGAUAAGUGAGCGAGUAAAUUGAAAACAUGAUAUACAAAGAUAGGGAAAACGAAAAAGAGAGAAGAAAGAUAGUAAGGUGGAGACGACGAUGGGUUAUAAAAGAUCAUGUUUCGAUACCAAAAUGGUUUUUAACUUGCAAAAUUUUUUUUAUUCUUGUUUUUUGCGAUUUGAUGUGUGUCUCAUGAUGUAUCCGGAUAACACGCACACACUCUCGGUGAGAUGCGCUCGACAUAUUUGAUAUAUAAGAUAUCGUAAUUUAUAUAGUUUUAUGUAAACGUCAUACAUAUAACGCGUAAGUUUCUCGGAGAGACAUCGUUUCAAUCAAGUAAUUGCGAAAUUUAAAAAAAACACGCCAGAUCUUCGCGCAACGCAUUUCUGCUUUUUCGUCCAUGUUUUACCAAAAUCGCGAGAUAUAGGUGUGGCCUCCUCGUACAUUUAAACACGAAAGAAAUUCCAAAGAAGCAACGUCGAUCCCCACACCAAGGGGAAAUGCGAAUCGCGACGCUUGUCGGUAAUUCACCGGAUUUUUGUGUAAUCUUUUUAUAGAUAGUUUUAUAUUCUUUUUUUAAUGCGCAAAAGAAAAAGAUGAGAUAUAAAAGAGAAGGAAAGAAUAGAAAAAGACAGAGGGAGGAGAUAGUGAAAGUGAUAGAGAAGUGAUUUUGACGGAAGCGUGAAAUAUUUGUCAGAGAAAUAUCGAAAAGGGAGAAAGAUGAGGAAAGGGGUGAGUCGAAUAAUAAUAAUAAUAAUAAUAAUACACGUGCGCGACUGUGUCGUGUCGCCGGAGAUGGUUGAAACGAGACAGGCGGACCGCGCGCGCCUGUAUAAAUCUCGUAACAAUACUUAAAAAAGGGGGGAUACAAAGAAGAACAGAAAAAGAGAUGAGAGAAAGAGGGAGAGGCGCGCGGUUCUAUCGAGCCGGGGCGGAUGUAAUUUUCAGGAACUUACCUAUCUAACGACGGUUAACUUGGGAACAUUGCACACAAUGCAUAUCCUCUGUUCAUUUUACGUAGCCGACGAAACUUUUUCCAUCGAGAAGCGAGAGAGCGGCGGAUCUACCCUUAGCAGUCGUUCGUAAGGGUUGCGGCGCGGUGGUGCGCGAGGUUCGCGGCCUCCACCCACCCCCUCCCUCCUUGCAUCCGCUUUAAUCAAAAUGCAACAAGUUGUCGGCCGUGCGCGCUCAUCGAGAUCGGGCGCGGGAGUCGCGCUCGAGGAUACUAUGUCGAUUAAUAUGCGCGAGCGUGACUACGAAUGUGAUUUGACUCAUAUUGAGUAUUCGCUCGAUUAUAUUCGUCAUGUUAAUCCUUAAUUGAUAAGGUAUAAAGGGAUCAUUAUGUAUCUAUAUUAUGAAAUAAAUAAUGAUGAACGAUUAUACAAAUCUAUAAUAACUCGAGAGGGAAAUAUUAAACGCGCACUUUUUGUCACUCCGUACUGCAUCUGUAGUGUCAGUGAGAUACUGAUUUUUCUUUUUCAAAUUUAUCUAUUUUAUAUAUAUAUAUAUUUAAUGAUAAUUGUUUUUUUUUUGUUCGUUAUUAGAAAAGUCACAGAGAAUUUAAUCAAGAGAAUCAUUUUACUUAAUUGUUGGCUAAUUUAAAGUCAGCCUGGAUAUAAUGCAAGAGCAUAUUUGCAAAAAUAUGAAGCAUUGCGAGAUGUUUUAUAAAUUUGUGUAUUCGUUUGACGGAAGAAUUAUAAUCCGUACAAUCCGUUCGUAAUAUAUUAAAACAUAUUUGUUAAAUCGUCGAUUACAUAGAUUACACCAUACAGCGAAGGAUAAAAUUCCAAAUGAUGCGACAAAUUUAAUAAUUACGAUACCAUUUAAUCUGUAUAACAAAUCAAAGAUGCAAACCACAAUUGUUGUUUCCGACAAUUUCGAUUGAGCAUUGUUGUGGCAAAAAAAAAAAUAUCGCUGAAUUUUAUAGCAUGCGGACCGCGAUCGUUGCCCGAUCUCGAGAAUGCGACCGCUGUUUACGAACGAUCAACCCGAUGAACUUUCAUUGCGCGGCGUUACGCGGUUUGCCGUGCGGAUGCUCGAUUUCUUCUGUUUUAUUUGUCGGAACAGAAGAACCGAAAGAGAGCGAGAGAGAGGGAGAGAAAGAAAGAGUGAGAGAGAGAGAGAGAGAUAUGCGCGAUUGUACUCGUAGGCGAUGCCUCGUUCUCGUUUACUGCGAGACUUGCCUCCACUUGCAUUGCAUAUAUUUCUUUUGUUUAUAUAAAUGUAUUUUGUACAUCGCGAAAAAAAAGAGUGUAUAUAUUUUAAUUGAGAUCAUGAAUUUUUGGAUUAAUCUGAUUUGGAUAAGCACGAAGCUUGGGGAUUAUUGGUAUAUAUAUAUGGAUUUUUAUACUUCAAGAUUUAAGUUUAGCAAUUGGAUGCUAAAUGAAUAUUAAGUGAAGAAAUAAUUUUGUAUAACGUUGCAUUUCCUUUCGUUUAGAUAAUAUUAUGACAUACAUUUUUAUUUAUCUAUGUUGUUUCAUAUAUCAUUGUUUUUAACGUAUAUUUAUAAUUAAACUUUUUCUUUAAGAUUAUUUCGUAAAAUGCUUUGACAUACCAAAUAAAGUUGUAAUGUACUGUAGAUGCAAAUAUAUUGCAUAAUUUUAUUGUUUUGCUUGGAAUAACGAUUAUUAAGCUUAAAAUAUUGCUCAUGUAUUUGUAUACAAAACACACAGAUUUUAGUUUAUCAUAAAUUGUUUUCCAAAGAAUAAAUCAAUUAAAUUAAAUAAUGCUUUGUGUGAUCUUUUAGAAGAUCGCAUAUUUAAAUAAAUAUAGUUCUCCGCUCGCAGUCGUCAAUUAAAUGGCAAAAAUAAAAGGGCAAAAAUGCUUUACCAUCUCUUUAAGAAAUUCUCGUUUAAGAAAAUGUUAUUUACGUAUUAAUUGUAAGAUAAGUUUCUUGCUUGUAUAAGUACGCGAUUGAUUUUUCAUUGUAACGAAUACUGCUACGCAGAUUCGUUGGUAGAAUAAUUAUACUUAUCUCUCCCUGUUUCAAUUAUCGUGUGACAUGUAUGGGAAAAAUGCGCAAGGCUCGCAGAUAGCUUGCGUCUUUGGGAGAAGCGAGGCACGUCUAAAAAUUGCAUGCUUGUAAAUCAUUGGAGAGCGUCUUGAGUCGAGAAACUGUUGAGACAGAAAAAUAAACAAGAAGUCUAAUUUA